AUCACAAUUUUCUGGCAGGAUGGGCAUGACGGUGAUAAUACAAAACAAAGCACUGCUGAUAUGACUGUGUUUGUCCAGAAUCUUCUACAGCAAAUGCAAACCAGAUUCCAGACAAUGUCCGAAUCAAUCAUCUCAAAAAUUGACGAAAUGGGAAACCGGAUUGAUGAACUUGAACAGAGCAUCAACGAUUUGAGAGGUGAAAUGGGUCAAGAUGGUGCUCCAUCGCCUUCCGCAUCUUUGAAACCAAAAGAGGAAGCAAAGCCAGCGGAUGAUUCUAGUGCAUAAGGAAGAAAUGAUACUCCAAGUUGGCUUUGGAGUCAAUUGGCCAUGUUUGUUAUAAUUGUUUUGGUUUGAAAGUCUUGUCCCAUUUUGUCCAUUAUGACAUUUGAUUGUAAUAUGAUACAUAAACUGCGUACAUGGAUUCUUGGGUUGAAAUAUUUUGACCUGUGCUUUUGGUCAUUGUUGAGGUUAUUAAAAUUAGGGGUGACUUAUUGCCUUAAAAAA